GUCUUUUAUGAGGAUGUAUUGAACCGUUACAUAUUUCUGUGAAUUGAUUUUAAUGACGUCGUUGCCUGAGCCUGACUGACUUCUGCAAAUCGAGUUUUUUUUCUGCACUGACUGAUGGCUGCGGCUGCGCUCAACAGGUGUGCAGUGAUCCGUGAAUUGUCUUUAGUAAACUCGCAACGUGUGGCCACAAUGUACAUGUAUUCUGCUUACACCGCAAGUACAGCACACGUACAUGUACAUUAUAAGCAAUUAUCCAACAUCUCUGCGUAAGCUGUGUGGUUGGACUCAACACAGGUGUGACACGAACUGGACAUUGCAUUUCCAGAACGACGCAUUACUACAGAAGAAACACCGAUUCUACAAGCCAUCACCAUGAACAUUUUUUAGUUAUAGCCUUAUACCACUAAUUAAGAUGCAGAAAGUUUCUGGAAUAUUUUCCGGUGAAAUCUGACAAAACUUGCAGUGUGCCUACUGCUGGACAUCUGGGAUACAUACAACAUCAACAACAUCUUAACUUGAGCACUCCUUGUAUGUAGCAGCCAGCAGCAUGGCAAGGAAUAUCCGAUGUGUACUGUUUGGACUUGUCGCUGUAUCGGCAAUGUGUCUGCUUCUCUACGGUAGAAGAAGUGGCACGCUAGUGAAGAGUGUCACGGCAGUGAGUCGAGAGGGAGUUCGACAGAUUACACAGGACAAAAGUAACACCGAAGAAGAACUGGGGAUUUUCUCCAGAGGCACGAAUGUCAGUAGUGAGGAAUCAUCGUCGUGUCCACCGUGCAACCGCAACCCUACUUCUAUCGACCCCGUGCCCAACGGCGUGGAAGAGCAACCUGUAACCGGUGAUGACUCGGUCCCUGUGGAAGAUACCAGCAGCAGUGAUCCACCGGGAUCGCGUAUUGUCGUGCUGACAUCAAUGCGGACUGGUUCCUCGUUCAUCGGUGAGAUAUUCGGCCGAAAUGACGACAUCUUCUACCUAUUUGAGCCCGGCCUAGCACUGCUCACAGAGCUGCAUUCCAGGGGAGCUCUUUUCUUACAGCCAAUGUAUAUGGAUAUGUUGAGGUCGCUCUAUCAAUGCAACACAUCUUCUCUGGAUUUCUACCUCAAGUGGUUGUCUAGGCAGCCCCCACUCGAAGUCAAGAAAAAAGUCCCACGAAUUUUUGACUCAUUCUGCUACCCGUUUAAGACGGGGAAAACGGGGCUGAAGUGCGACGCCGUUCCUGCAGAGAUUUUUGAGAGAAAAUGCCAAGAGAAGAGACACAUUGCGAUAAAAUCUAUCCGUAUUUGGGACAUCGGGAUGUUUCUGUCACUGAUACAAGAUAGUAACGUGAAACUCAAGGUCAUUCAUCUCGUUCGAGACCCAAGAGGAAUGACUGCAUCGCGAGUUCUUGCCAUGAAUGUCGUUGAGAACACAUUCAACAAAUUGCAGGCGGAUUCUUUCACAGAUGAAAUGCGAUCGUACUUGAUGGAGUUCUGCUCCUAUAGCAUCGACAAUAAAGAAAUAGGGUACUACCUCCCCAAGUACAGAGACAACUACCUUCUACUGAGGUAUGAGGACAUGUCAUUGGAUCCAGAGAGAGUCACCCAACUCAUCUACAACUUCACUGGACUUGGUGCUGUCCCUGAGACAAUAUCUAAAUGGAUCGCUGAGAAUACCCAGGCUCAUAGACCUGGAGUAUACUCGACUACCCGAGUGUCCAGCCAAGUGUAUCAGUCGUGGCGUACUAAGUUAGACUUCAAGACCGCAAAGGCCAUCGAGAAUGUUGGACGCUGUGCUGAAAUGAUGGAGCAUUUUGGAUACCACCCCGUGCGGGAUGAGUCGCAUCUCAAGAACCUGUCGUCUCCCCUCCUCGCUCCAAUUCCACCACCUCAUGAUUCUUACAGGUAUCAGCCAUAAAUCAGUGAUUGUGAUAAAAAAAAAGGGCUGUUUUGGUUGCACCCAUCUUGAAAUCAUAUUCAUCACCUGAAGUUUUAGAUGAAGAUCUGUGUUGAAGGUCGGCCAUUUGUAGGUCAACUUCAUUUUUGUGUGAAUUUCUUGAAACUACACAUGUACUGUUGGAAGAAAUAUAGCACGCAGCGUAAUUCGGUGAAUAAAAUACACGUACAUUUUGAUUGUUAACAAGGCAUGAUAUACAAGGUGUCCCAAUAAACAUCGUGCAAGAAGAUUUAGAAAUAGCUGAUUUUCUCAAAAGUUGGUCAGAUGAAAGUUGGUUUGCAUAGUUGAAUCUUCUUGAUUUGUUUUCACAAAUUAUAAACAAGACCAUAUUUCUUGAAAAUGCUAUAAAAUUCGAUCAGCUAGUCGGACCAACUUUUGAGAAAAUUCGAAUUUUUUUUUUCAUGCACAAUGUUUAUUGGGA